AUGAAGAAUGAAAACAUAUUAAAAGAAAUAACUCAAGAUGUUGAUAAGUACACCAAGUUCAUUGCAGGUUAUGGUACAUGCUUCAACAUGUUUUAAAACAAUUUGAUUGUACUUGAAAUUAUUGUCAAAUAGCUUUCACUAAAUGACAAGCAAGCAUUACCUAUCUUAAUUACUCCAAAUAUGCUUGGCUAGCCAUCACCACUAGAUUUCUCAAUUAAAAAUAGGCAGUAAAGAAUAAUCAAUUUAAUUCUAUCAAUCAUUCUCAAAUAUUAGGAUCAUUUAAUUUUCAACUAACUGGUUGAUAAGAAUUUAUGUGAAUUACUUAAACAAUAGAUAGAUUUGGUAUCAAUCUUGAUCACCCAAGAGAUGUUCAUAAAAAAUACGAAGAAUUAUUUGGUCAGAAGUUAGAAGUAUUAUCUUAUGAAGAAGAUGAUUCAUUGA